AUGCGUGAGACAUUUCACGCAUUCCAUACCGGAAGGGGCAUAAUUAAGCUGCAGAGUGAUUCAUCUUUCAAACCGAGGCGAUCUUUGUUGCAACUCUUCAGACACAGUGAAGCCCCACAGCGCUCAAAACAAAAAGGCAGUUCAGCGCUGGUCUGACUGGAGGGAAGGGGAGAAUCUCCACCCUGGUCUCCACUCCCGACCUUCAGCAAACCUGUGAGCCAUGGAUGAGGGUUCCUCACUGGGUAAAGUCAGCAGUUCGACAGAGUCUGUGGCCACCGUCACCAGUGAGGAGUUUGUUCUGGUGCAGCCCAGCUUAGCUGGGUCUCCGCAGGCUUCUGAGGGCAAACCGAGACUCAAGAUGUCUUGGAAUGGCAGUGAUCAACUGGAAAAAGCUAUGGAGGAAAUUUUGGAUGAUGAUGACGAGGUGAAAAUAGAGAAAAGCUGUGUGGAGAAGAUGGAGAAGAACAAGGAACCAGAAAACCUAGUCUUUGAGGACCAUCCUGCAGAAGCACCUCCAGUUCCAUGCAGUCCAUCCAUCCUGGAGGAGGACAGCGUCCAGUUUAACAAACUGUCAUACCUUGGUUGUACGUGGGUCAAAGCUCCUCGGAAUGAGGCAGAGGCACAGAGAGCCAUGGCAACCCUACGAGCAGAGAGUGCCAUCCCCAUUCCCAUCACCUUGCAUGUUCCGUGUGGCCCAAAUGGCUCUGUCAGAAUUAUGGACCAGGCCUCCGGCACAGAGAUUGCCUCCUUCCCCAUCUACAAAGUGUUGUUCUGCGCUCGUGGAAGAGAGGACUCUGUGGAAAGUGAUUGUUUCUCCUUCACCGAGAGUUAUCGAAGUUCUGAGGACUUCCAGAUCCAUGUUUUCUCCUGCCACAUCAAAGAAGCUGUCAGUCGUAUCCUGUACAGCUUCUCUACAGCUUUUCGCCGUUCCUCGCGGCCAGCAGAUGUCAGAGAUUCACCAGCGUCCAGUCCACCUGACAGCGAUCUGUACACUUUCACUGUCUCAUUGGAGAUCAAAGAAGACGAUGGCAAAGGCAACUACAACCCAGUGCCGAAAGACAGAGACAAGUUUUACUUCAAACUGCGGCAGAGCGUCCAGAAAAAAGUGGUGGUUUCAGUUCAACAAAUGUGCAACAAGGAGCUGGGAAUAGAGAGGUGUUUUGGCAUGCUUCUAAGUCCAGGACAGAAAGUCUGCAACAGUGACAUGCAUCUACUUGACAUGGAGUCGAUGGGGAAGAGCUCUGAUGGAAAGGCCUAUGUGAUCACAGGGACAUGGAACCCUAAUUUGACCGCUUUCCAGGCGCUGAACGAAGACGCAGCCAAAGAUAAGCAGGUCUACAUGACGGUGGCUGUAGACCUGGUUGUGACUGAGGUUUUGGAGCCGGUGCGUUUUCUGUUGGAAACUCUUGUCAGGGUCUACCCAUCGAAUGAACGCUUCUGGUACUUCAGCCGCAAAACCUUCAGCGAAACUUUCUUCCUCAGACUCAAACAGCAGGCCCCAGACAGAGGCAGUCAAAGUGAUGCUGUGUAUGAGGUGAUAAGCCUUCAGAGGGAAGCAGACAGAAAAAAUGAAGGAAAGGAACUGCCCGCUUCGCCCAAUGAAGAAGAUGAGGCUGAAGAAGAUAGUGACAAUGAAAUCUCCAGCGGGACAGGGGACGUGUCAAAAGACUGUCCUGAAAAAAUACUUGAGUCUUGGGGAGGAAUACUCACCAGAUGGCAUGGGAACCUGUCAACUCGUCCAAAAGGUUUGCACUCAUUGGUCCGCAGUGGUAUCCCAGAGCCACUCAGAGCUGAAGUCUGGCAGCUGCUGGCUGGUUGCCACGACAACCACGACCUGCUAGAGCAAUAUCGGAUCCUCAUCAACAAGGAUUCUGCGCAGGACGGUGUCAUCACGCGUGACAUCCACCGCACUUUUCCCGCACACGACUACUUUAAAGAUUCUGAUGGAGAUGGACAGGAUUCAUUGUACAAGAUCUGCAAGGCAUACUCUGUCUAUGACGAAGAAAUUGGUUACUGUCAGGGUCAGUCGUUUCUUGCUGCUGUUCUCCUUCUGCACAUGCCCGAGGAGCAGGCCUUCUGUGUUUUGGUCAAAAUCAUGUAUGAAUACGGUCUCAGGUUGCUUUACAAGAACAACUUUGAGGAUCUUCACUGCAAGUUCUACCAGUUGGAAAGGCUAAUGCAGGAACAACUUCCUGACCUGUGGGCCCACUUCCAGGAGCUGAACCUGGAGGCUCACAUGUAUGCCUCCCAAUGGUUCCUCACCCUCUUCACCGCCAAGUUCCCCCUCUGUAUGGUUUUCCACAUCACUGAUCUUCUGCUCUGCGAGGGACUGAACAUCAUUUUCAAUGUUGCCCUGGCUCUGCUCAAGACCUCCAAAGAGGACCUCCUGCAGGCCGACUUUGAGGGGGCUCUCAAGUUCUUUCGGGUCCAGCUGCCCAAACGAUACAGAGCUGCAGAAAAUGCUCGAAGACUUAUGGAACAAGCGUGCAACAUUAAGGUUCCAACCAAAAAACUGAAGAAGUUUGAGAAGGAAUAUCUGUCACUGAGAGAGAGCCAGCUGCAACAGGAAGACCCCAUCGAUCGAUACCAGAGGGAGAACCGCCGGCUUCAGGAGGCCAGCAUGCGGUUGGAGCAAGAGAAUGACGAUUUGGCCCACGAGCUGGUCACCAGUAAGAUCGCCCUCCGGAAUGACCUCGAUCAGGUGGAAGACAAGGCCGAUGCUUUGAAUAAGGAGCUGCUGGCCACCAAACAGCGCCUGGUGGAGACGGAGGAGGAGAAGAGACGGCAGGAGGAGGAGACGGCUCAGCUUAAAGAGGUGUUCAGAAGGGAACUGGAGAAAGCGGAGCAAGAAAUCAAGAAGACGACCGCGAUCAUAGCAGAGUACAAACAGAUCUGCUCCCAGCUGAGCACCAGGCUUGAAAAACAACAGGCGACGACAAAAGAAGAGCUAGACAUAGUCAGGAAUAAAGUCAUGGGCUGCGAACACUGCAAGGAUCUGUUCAGCACCGUCGGCUCACUCCAGGUUUCCUCGCCUGGCAGAGACAGGACAUCCAACGAGCCGCACGACGAGGAGAAGGACGGGCUGCAGGAGCAGCUGAGGCACCUGGAGCUGGAACUGGCACAGACCAAGCUGCAGCUGGUGGAGGCCAAGUGCCGCAUUCAGGAGCUGGAGCAUCAGCGGGGAGUCCUGAUGACUGAAGUCCAAGCUGCCAAGAACUCGUGGUUCAGCAAGACUCUGGGGUCCCUGAAGAGUUCCACCUCUUCCUCCUCCAGCUCUGCAUCACAGACCCCAUCCUCCCCAAAGGAAGGACCUGCCUAGCUGCGCCUCCCUCCUCCCUCGUGCUCCCCUGCAGGAUGCACAAAAAGACAACAACAGCACAAGCUGAAGAAAGUAGCCAGAGAAAAAUGCAGUAUUCCUUUUUCAUCUGGGGGGGGCAGGGACUUCUGCAAGCCCCUCCCAGCGGAGGGGAACAGGUGGGGACACUGGAACAGCCGCCUUAUAGGAAGGGUCCGGCCUGAGUAUCAUCAGAGUCUGACAAGGAUUUAAACAUCACUGCACCUAUCUGUCUUUAAUAUCACCACCUACUGGGCACUCAUUGUUACUGCAGCAGCUUUGUACUCAAACUUUUACCAGGUAAAUAAGCAGCAUUUCAUCUUAAAAUGAUGAUGCAGCUCAUCACAGAAUUGUUUACGGAAAAAAAUAACCAUUAUAACCAAAACUAUCUUCAUCACAGAAAUGCCCCAGCACUCAAAAAAGGAAUACUGCAUGCAUAUUUGCCAUUAGAGCUACUCAAAAGUUGUAAUUCUUGAUAGUAAUAUAACAAUGUUGUCAUAUAAAUAUGUAUAACUAAUUAUUGAUUUUUUUUGAAUAAUUUUGUACAGUCCUUUAAGAGAGGAGAAAAAGAACACAGAAGGAAAAGCCCUUAAACGUAUUUUCUACUGUCUGAAUGUUAUUUGUCAUCUGUAAAUGGAACAACGUAAGCAUGGAGUGUGAUCAGGAUGGUCGAGUCCGAAUCCUGAAGAAUUUAAGUGACUGCCUGCACAUAGCCUUGGUUCAGCGUCCACACUUUAGUUCAUUUGAUGUCAUAGUCCCUGUGCACUAAUCCAACCUGAAUUUAACUUUUUUUUACCCAUUUCAGAUUAGAUUUAGACUUGCUCUUUUUUCUGUUUGACGAAUUUGAAGAUUUUUAUGACAAAUUUUUAUUCAAAACUUUUGGGUUUAAAAGUUCUUUUUGUUUUAUUAUUUUUAUUAAGGCGGGAGCUUGUUGUCAUGCUAGUUUAUUUAUCAGUUUUUCUGUCUUCCAUGUCAAAACAUUGACAAAUAUUUGACAUUUCUUUGCUUUUCAAUAAUUGCCAAACAAGUACAUGACUGUGCCAACUAACCUUCAGCUUUGGGUUCUUCAGAAAGCUCAGAUUUGCAUAAUUAAUGCAAGUUUACCUUUAGAAAAAGAAAGAAAUGCCAGAUUACUAAAAUAAUAGAUCAGCAGAACAAUUUCACCUGUGUUCAUUAGGUUGGGAUUCAUUACUUAAUAAUUUGCCAAAACAUGCCAGCUGCCUCGACUUUUUAAUCCACUCUGGCUGACACCAUAUUCAGAUUCUGGACUCACACGUGUACUUAGUGUGUAUGUGGGUGUGUGUGUGUGUGUGUGUGUGUGUGUGUGUGUGUGUGUGUGUGUGUGUGUGUGAAUGUGACUCCAGUGGAUGACGUGUCUUCACGUUGCUGCCUUUUCUUUUCAUGACUGAAUCCGUUGGUCCAAAAGAUAAAAUCCGACUGUUGAGGCUGUUCUUCUGUCCGUACCAACAUCACAGUUGACAGGUCGUGUGAUCUGAUGGAACGGGAAAACCACGCCACUGAUUUCUGUGUGUUCUGCGUUUUCAAGGCCUCUCCUUUUCCUCACUGUUGCUCUGCAUUGUUGUUGGUCAGGUCAUGAAGGUUGUAACAGUUCACUGGAAACUGUGACCAAGUUGGAGAGAGUUCCCUUCCUGUUAUGUGCACUAACAAUGUUGACAUUUUAAACACUAUUUUAAGACGUUGGUUCCUGUGUCUUUUCUUUUUUUUUUUUUUUUUUUUUACUUGUGCGUGUGCCUGAGAGAUUGACUGCCAAUUUCUAAAUCCCAGCUUCUUGAAACCAUCAGAACAGGUGUGUGUUGUGUAGUGCAGGGGUUGUAGAGUAGAUGUGUUACUGCUCCUCAGCUGGUCUGACUCCAUCACCGUUUCCCUGUACUGUAACUGCCUGAGUUGCAAUAAAAAACGAUAGUUGUUCCUGUUA